AAACCUAGGUUAGCAUGUGUCCGGAAUCCACGUUGACAGCUAGCCGACCGAUCGAAGUCGGCCGCUUUGAGCUUCAACUGAGAAAACACUGACACAAAGCAACGAGGGCAGCAAGCAUGUCGGUCGACGGUGUGUUUCGGACCCGCUCGCUCGGCGUGGCCGCCGAAGGGCUUCCCGAUCAGUAUGCAGAUGGCAAAGCAGCGAAAGUCUGGCAGCACUACAUCGGCAACACGCAAAGCAGGACGCAGGAGUACAAAAGCUGGGUGGUGGCACUGCUCAGAAAACACGGCGUCCGGAGAGUGCUGGAUGUUGCCUGCGGAACGGGAGUGGACUCCAUUAUGUUGGUGGAGGAGGGCUUCAAUAUGGUGAGUGUGGAUGCCAGUGACAAAAUGCUCAAGUAUGCGCUGAAGGCCAGAUGGGAGAGAAGAAAAGAAGCAGCGUUUGACCAAUGGGUGAUCGAAGAAGCCAACUGGUUGACGCUCCCGCAAGACGUCCAGAACCCAGGAAGAAAUGGUUUCGACGCGGUUAUAUGCCUUGGCAACUCCUUCGCCCACUUACCGGAUUUUAAAGGGGACCAAAGUGACCAAAAGUUGGCUCUUCAGAACAUCGCAAGCAUGGUCAAACCAGGCGGAAUCCUCAUCAUUGACCACCGCAACUAUGACUACAUCCUGGAGACUGGGCGAGCACCGCAAGGCAAAAAUGUUUACUAUAAGAGCGAUCUCACUCAGGACAUUUCAACUUCUGUGCUGUGGGUGAAUAAUAAGCCCCACAUGAUCACUCUGGACUACACCAUCCAAGUUCCACAGGCCAGCCCUCAGGAGCUGCCCGAGGUCAGUAAAUUCCGUCUCUCCUACUACCCUCACCGCCUGGAGAACUUCAAAGCGCUGCUGCAAGAAGCUUUCAACGGCAAACUGGAGCACAACGUCUACGGAGACUUCAUGGCGUACGUCCCGGGUCAAAGUCAGGCGCCGUGCUACUUCAUCCAUGUUUGCAAGAAGACUGCAUAGGCAACUCAAAUGUGAAUCCACGUUGAUCCACCCAAUCAUGUUCAAUCUGAAAUUUCAAUUGCCACCAAUUUGAUCUGACUUUCUGACAAGCUUCAUAAGGAACCCUUACCAUCCAAAAAGAUCUUGCGGGUCAUGUCAAUCUUAUGCUAAUGUUUCAGGGGUGAUUUCUUUCUUCUUUUAACACGUUGGUCUUCAAACACAGAUAAUGGGCAAAAAAGCAUUUCAACUUUGCAUUUGGAGUUGCAAUCUUGCACAGUUGUUUUGGCGUCAGAUCAACAAGAAAAACUUUGGAGAGCCUUCAAUUUGAUAACAAACAAGAAAAUAGAGCCGCUUGUGAUGGAUGUGCCUGCUGCCUCCUCGAUCCAUAUGAGCCGUAAAAACAUGCUGACAACCAACCAUUUUUCCACUUUGUCUUUUCCUUGAUUGCCACUUUGCACAUUCAUUGAAACGCGUUGACAUUCUUUUGCUUUUUUGCUUAUGUGGGUGCAAAAUGAAAGGGCCCCCUGCCGUUUGUCUCGCAACGGGUGGCUAAAUCGGUGUACGUACGUCUUGAAAUGCAUUGGAUUAAGUCAGUGCUUCUCAAUUAUUUUCUGUUACGCCCCCCCCCUAGCAAGAAGGGGGCCCCUUGGGGGGCGCGCCCCACUAUUUGAGAAGCACUGGCCUAGGUGACUGAUUCACAAUUUGGUUUUGUCUGAUAUCAGAGAUUAAAUAAAGAAAACCAACUGGCUGA